CAAAAAAGCGGCCGUGAAAGAGGUAGCAAAGCAAAGUGUGUUUGCCGCAUCGCUUGGUUGUGCAUCUGCAGAAAGCCUUGCAGAUUUUCCUUGUUUUUCGCCACUAAUUUGUGUUCAGUACGACGUAAUACCACUGCCACCGAAUGGACAAGCAAGUCGGAAGUGAAGGCACAAUCUCAACCGGGGGAAAGCCCACUAAAAAUGGCAACGGUAAGGAUAAAAGCAAAGCCCCUCAGCAGCAGCAACAGGCUCCAUCGGCUUCGGCAGCGUCGUCGAAGCCGAUCGUCAAGCGCAAGCGGAAGCGCGUCAAGGAUGCAAAUGCACCUAAGCAUCCACUCACCGGGUACGUUCGUUAUAUGAACGAAAAGCGGGACGCCAUCCGGUUGAAGAAUCCAUCCUUAUCGGCGGUUGAAAUCACGAAACUGCUUGCCGAAGAGUGGGGAACGCUUUCGGAUGAAGUGAAGAAACCAUUUUUGGAAGCGGCGGAAGCCGAUCGGGAACGCUACCACCGGGAAGUGACGAAGUACAAACAAAACAACGAGGUGGCCCCGAACAACAAAAAGCCCAAAACCAACGGAAGCGAUUCGGAUCUCAGCAAAGAAGUUCCCUACCUGAAUGGCAGGGAAGAAAAACAGCGGGAGAUUCGGGUUGGCGACUACGAGAUACCGAUCUUCACCGACGACUUCCUGGAACACAACAAGGUGAUCGAUUCGGAGCUGAGAAUGUUGCGCAAGUCAAACAUUGACUACGAGCAGCAAAAUUCCGUGCUCGAAAAGCACGUCGAGAAUAUGGACAAUGGCAUCCAGAAGCUCGAGAACGAAACAAACAGCUUGAAGACGCGGAACGCCGUCCUGCAGAGUUAUCUACUGAAGCUCAAAUCGGUGCUGGCGGGGGCUUUGGCGGGUUUGCCAAUUGGAUCCGGCAAGGAGGGUGCCACGGUGGACAACAUCGACCGGUACAUGAGCGAGUUGCAUCAGAUGGCCAAGUCCAGCACCCACGGACAUGCGUUGAACAAGGCAAAGGACAUCAUUCGGAAGCUGGACCUACAGAGUUUGGCCACGUAAGGGUGUCUGGGGAGCAAGUUUCGCCGCGUGCACAGUAUUGCAAGUAAGUUUAUGUGUUAGAUCAGUCAGAUUUUUGUUCGUUAUAGUUUCUCUGUUCCGUAAAAUGUCGGUUCCGUAUGAUAAUUAGGUGGAAUCGUUCGAAUAUACUUUGAUGCGUAGAAUUA